AUGGAAUAUAAUUCACUGCCUCCGGAGAUUACCGUCCUGCUGCUGGGCGACUCUGAAGUAGGGAAGUCGACGUUCUUGUCUCGCCUGUCACUCGGCGUGCAACCUCAGAACGACGACCUCCCACCUUAUGAGCUUCCCAAGCUGCGCGAUAUCGACCAGCCGUAUGCCUUCGAUAUCACACUCUAUGGCCGGCCGUACAGGCUGCAAUUCUACGACACAGCCUCACCCCAGAACUAUACGCUUCUACACCCACAAUUCGUGAUCCUUUGUUACGACAUAGCCUCGCGCGCGUCGCUCGAGUCGCUUUCUUCGACAUGGCUGCCGGUAGUGAACAAGCACUUUAAUUACGAUGAAAACUUGCCUGUAAUGGUCCUUGGUCUUAAGAGGGAUUUGAGGCGGCAAUGGACGUUAGCGGAGCAUGGCCCAGACAAGAAGGGCAAGGGCGCGAGUGUCAUGCCACAUGAGGGAUUACAGACUGCGCAGAGAAUGCUGUGCGAUCAUUACGCUGAAUGUAGUGCGCUGACAGGGGAGCUGUGUAGGCAAGUGCUGGAGGACGUCGCAAAGACAUGUGCAAAGACAACAACCAAGGAUGGUGCUAAAACUCAAGCUGAUGUGUGCAACCUCAUGUAA